UGUUUCUCAUAUAGAAACUGGGACAGACAGCACCAACAACAAAUAUAAUGAAACCCAUCAUUUCCGGUCCCAGUUUUAUAUAACACAAACUCUAAAAAACCAUUUUAUACGAUCUGUAAGACUAUCGAUUGCUUCUGAUGAAACGCACAUCUCCACCGCCAUUGUUUCACGCUCUCUUUGUGAUUCGUAUACCUAUCACUUGUUGCUAUAUAAUAUAUAUUCUAGGAACUGAUAUGAAUGUAGAUGCCUUAGGCUCACCGUGAACGAACGAAUCAGACUGUGGUAGAAACUCCCGUAGUAAAUUAAAAAGUGAAAUCUAAAAUCUGACCUGUAGACCCAGGGCAUGCUUUUCGGAUCGAACGAACGAAGUUUCGGUCGUACGAAGUUACGGUAUUUAAGUAAACCAGAGUUAGUGUAUCGAACACUCUUGUAGGAGAGUAUUUGGUUGUAGUCACAGGACGUGACGUCAGGUGCGUGGCUCAACGCAAGCUUGGGCAACUGCUAGUUUAUCAGCGUUCAUGCAUACAUGGUAGAAGCUUCCUGGACAUGCAAUGACAGUUAAACUACAUGUGGAGUACCGCUCUGCGUGCGUGUAAAGGUGUAAAAGAAUCAUCCAGGAAGUAUUAUACUAUAUAGCCCGAAAACUGGUGUUGGAAAACAUUGUGAGGUCGGAGGUGUACAUACACACGACCCAUCAUGGGUACGCCUAACGCUAGUAUCUUACCCUUUAUCGCAUGUUGUCUCUCCAUCCUUAGUAUCAUUCUCCAAUUGGUGGCGCUACCAUCGAACUAUUGGGCUAUCAUCCAUCCAUCGAAUGAUUCAGAAGCAAAGGUUGAGAACGGAAAUUACGGAAUAUGGACCAGGUACAUCACAAAUAUUCCACGUUCGGGAGAUAAAUUUUCGGCAAACUUUCGCCUACCACCUUAUAGCGUUUCAGCAGGAGUUAUGGCGAUUAUGCACGUGCUUGUACAACUAGCGUUUCUGUUUGCAGCGGGUAUUAGUUGCAUACAAGCUUUAAAAGAUGACCCACAACUAAUGCUGAGUGCUAACAUACUCGGUGUAGUUAAAUUGGUUCUCUCAGUCUUAGCAAUUUUCUUCAGCUUACUAGUUAUAAUCUUUAUAACUGUAAAUGAAAACCAAUCUUUCCAGUAUAAAGUUUAUAAAGGUCCAGCGUUCUGGGUGCAGACUGCCGUGAUGUCAAGCAACGUUCUUUUGGCCUUUGUUUGCUCACUUGAAGAUGUUGAACAUGCAGAGUUGGAAUCCAUUAAAAACAUCCAGGAAUGGCCAUCAGAAACUGAGGUUGCAGAGCAAUAUUCAAACCCCUCGUUUACCCCAUAAGGAGUACGUGAAACUAUGGGCUUUAAGCACUAACUAUACUUUGAACAAAUUGGUGAUUUUUUUAAAGUGUAUCCUGUAAAAUAUGAAAAUUAGCACUGAAUUGUACAGGAGGUGGAAAACACGUGUUGGAUGAAAAAAAAUGCCGUCAUAGCUGAGGAAGAAAAAAGAAUACUCUAAGCGUUUUCAUUCUGUUGGAAAAAUAAAUUAAAAGUUUUUAAAAAUUUGAUGUGCCAAAGAUGUGAGAAAAGCGCCCUCUUCUUUAGAAAUAUACGAAUCUUAUUUGUUUCUGUAAUGCAUAAAAUUUUGAAGCUUCAUUUUUUAGGACUUUUUUUAGCACAUUAAACGUAAGUUCUUUAUUAUUCAUAUUAAA